CGGGGUCGGUAGAGGGGGCGUGGCUGGGUUGGGGGCGUGGCCUCCCGGGCGGUGCCGCCCCCUGGCGGCGGAGGGCGGAGCGCGCCAAGAUGGCGGCGGAGCCGGAGCCGGGCCCGGGGCCGGACCCGGAGCUGGAGGAGCUGUUGGACAGUGCCCUGGAUGACUUCGAGAGGAGCCGCCCUGCGCCGCCCCCUCCUCCCUCCUCCUCCUCCUCCCUCCCCUCUCCCUCCGCCGCCGACUCCGCCAAGGACUCGCUGUUCUCGUCCCAGGAGCGGUUCUUCCAGGAGCUGUUCGAGGGGGAAUUGGCGUCCCAGGCGGCUGCCGAGUUUGAGGAGGCCAUGCGGGAGCUGGCCCGGCAGGAGCCGCAGCUCGUGGAGCAGUUCCAGAAGCUCUCGGAGGCGGCUGGGAAAGUGGGCCCCGACACUGCCUCGCAGCAGGAAUUCACGUCCUGCCUGAAGGAGACGCUGAGCGGGCUGGCCAAGAACGCCACCGACCUCCAGAACUCGCCGGGCUCGGAGGAGGAGCUGGCCAAGGCGCUGGAGGGGCUGGGGCUGGAGGAGGGGGCCGGGGACGGCGUCCUGCCCGUCAUGCGCAGCCUGAUGCAGUCCCUGCUGUCCAAGGACGUGCUCUACCCCUCCCUCAAGGAGAUCACCGACAAGUACCCCGAGUGGCUGCGGCAGCACGGGGGGUCGCUGCCGGAGGAGCAGCUGCGCCGGUUCCAGGCGCAGCAUUCCCUGAUGUCCCGGCUGUGCGCGGAGCUGGAGCGGGAGCAGCCGGGGGAGCCCGAGGGGCAGCGCCGGCAGCGCUUCGAGACCCUGCUGGACCUGAUGCAGCAGCUGCAGGACCUGGGACACCCCCCCAAGGAGCUGGCAGGGGACACGCCCCCCGGAUUCAACCUGGAGCUGCCAGGGGGGGCGAGUGGGGAGCAGUGCCGGGUCAUGUAGGGGGGUCCCGACCCCCCAGGACCCCCAGGGACUUCCCCCAGGGCCCCCCCGGGGCCCCCCUGCCUCGACCCCCGCCAGUGACGUCGCUGAGGAGGAGGAGGAGGACGAAGAGGCACCGCUGGAGCUGCUGCUGUGCCCCCCGCCCCCCGAUUUGGGGGGGGUUGUGGGGGGUUUUUUGGGGAGAGGGACACAGGGACCCCCCCAUUUUGGGGUGUAUCCCCUCAACCCCCCCCAUGGUGUCCCCAAUAAAGGUGUUGGUGACUCGA